AUGGGGAUCGAUCUCAUUGCUGGAGGCAGGCGGAAAAAGGCCAAGCGAACCGCCCCAAAGUCCAAAAAUGUGUACAUCAAGUUGCUGGUGCAGUUGUAUCGGUACCUGGCGAGGCGCGCGGGCGGGGAGUUCAACGCCAAGGUGCUGCACAGGCUGAUGAUGUCCAGGACAAACAGGCCGCCGUUGGGCCUCAGGCGGCUUGCAACUUUCAUGAAGGACUCGAACAAAAUCGCUGUCACUGUUGGGACUGUGACAGACGACAACCGCAUGCAAGAAGUCCCCAAAAUGAGGGUCUGUGCUUUGCACUUCACAGAGAUGGCCAGAGCAAGGAUAAUCAAGGCUGGUGGCGAGUGCAUGACAUUCGACCAGCUUGCCAUCCAGCACCCCACAGGCGACGGUGCUGUAUUGUUCCGCGGUGCAAAGAACGCCCGUACUGCCCACAAGCACUUUGGUGUGCCUGGUGUGCCCCACUCCAAGACCCGGCCUUAUGUGCGAUCGAAGGGCAGGAAGUUUGAAAAGGCACGUGGGCGCAGGCAGAGCAGGGGCUUCAAGGUCUGA